AAACCAGAUGAUUUGUUCUUUUAUUUUGAAGGACUACAUAUAUCUAAUACAUUUUUUCAAGAUAUUACUUUUGUUUUUGAUAUUUUGGGCGUAAAAUCAUGGUAAAUAUUGCUUCGUUGUUUAGUUCACUGUAAAUUUGCUUGGCUGGGAUUCAGAAACCGGCAAAUCGCUGAACGUCGUGCAAUGUAAUGCGUGAACCGCGCCGACUCAAACGCGUUCACUUACUUCCCCCCAACGAUUCACCGUACCGCAGCAUUCGUGUAAACAGCGCACAUAAACACGGACGACGGUACGUUCGCUUGAGAUCCGUCGAAUGCCGGUACCGUUCAUGCAGUACCGUCGUAUCUGCUGCACUGUUGAACAGCUGGACAUGAAAGGUACGCCGAACUAGCUUUCCCAUAUUUUUUGAUAAAAAAAAGAAAGUUAGAGCGUAUACACUUGGUUCAUCAAGACCAAAUAGCACCUGCUAAAUGGGGGAUUUCGGUUUGGAUGUUCAUCCACACGACACGAGGGCCCUCUCACCGCUGGAAUUGUACCCGAAUUCGAGCACUGUGUCUUUGUUUUCUCCCGAGGCGCUAACGAUGCAAGAUGACAUGCUGAUGGAGAAAACUGCGAGUAAGCAGCACCUUCAGCAGUUGUCCCCCAACCCAGAUCUGAGCUCCGACAACUCAGAUGACUUGUCACCGGGCUCGAAAUCAAAAUCGGGGGAUUCAAGUCCCUUAACUGUGCCGGAGAAGAACAAAGCACAGUCAGAGGUGGCUCCAACUUCGACGUCGUCUGCCGCAAGCGUCGGGCUAUUGCAGCUGCAACAGCAGAUCGGGUACUACGCACAGGCCCAGGUCCAUGCCCAGGCACAAGCACAGCAGCAACAGCAGCAACAACAGUUUAUUCAAGACGUGAAUCCAAGCAAUUACAUCAAUAACGUUGCAAGCUCUGGCACCAGCGGCAGUGCGGUAAAUUCGGUAGCGAGUUCGAGCAGUUUUACAAGUGCACCAAAUCUCUGGUCAACUGCCACUGCUGCUGAAGAAUCCUAUUUCCAGGGGCUACCAACCAUGAAUGGCACAAUGCAGUUUCAGAACUUUCCUCGCAACUCAUCACCACUCUUCAGUCCCAAUGCCACAUUGUCCCCUCAGCUCGGGAUGCAGCAGCAGCAGCAGGCUGUUCAGCAGCGUCGCAGCCUACCGCCACACCAGGCGCCAACACAGCAGCAAAACAUCUAUCAGACAGCGACCCAGCUACAGCAGGCUCAAGCUCAGCUGCAGGCACAAGCUCAGGCUGGAAGUCUUUACCUCCAAAGUAAGCAGUACCCAGCCAACUGGAACUCUGCUGCUGCUCAGCAAACAGCUGCUGCGACAUCAUGGCCAUCACCACAGGCCCACCAACAAAGCAUGCAGCCCUCUGUUCAGCAGCAGCAGCAACAGGGGAACCCUUGGGGAACUGUAGGCUCUCCACCAAGUGGGCAAGCUCCUACAAUGGCUAAUAAUAUUCAGCAGCAGCAGAGGCGAUCCAUGCCAGCAGUCAACAAUCAGUCAGUCACCCAGCCCUCCAUAUCACCCCAGAAAGGCCGUGUUCUUUCCAACCCUAUCAUCUCGCCACCCAAAUUUCAGCGAAGCACAUCACUGCCUGCAAAGAACUACGGACAGUAUCCAUCCGGUAUAAACACAGCCCCGAGUUUAGAGUUCACCAGAGCAGACGGGAAGAGAACAGAUGCCAACACUAACACACUCUUUCCAUACCAGGAACGAGCUGGGCAGAAUACUGGCGUUGACCCUAUGAAAUUAUCAUCUCUUGAACACCAACUGUUUGACAUCAUGCGUGGCACAGAAAACUCCAUGGACCACUACACUCGAAACCCAUAUGGAUUGCUGGACGAUGGUCGACAUGAUCAGAUUGUGCCCUCCCUCAGCUCUCCCGGUCAUAUUUCUCCACGAUCGAACCCAGACUACGGAAUUGAGAGGUUCUCCAGGAAAGUGUUUGUGGGUGGCUUGCCGCCUGAUAUUGAUGAAGAGGAGAUCACAGCCAGUUUCCGACGUUUUGGCAGUCUCGUAGUUGACUGGCCCCACAAAGCAGAGAGCAAGUCGUAUUUCCCACCCAAAGGUUAUGCAUUCCUCCUGUUCCAAGACGAGCGGUCUGUGCAGGCACUGAUCGAGGCAUGCAUUAAGGAGGAGGACAAACUCUAUCUCUGCGUCUCAAGUCCGACCAUUAAAGACAAACCCGUCCAAAUCCGCCCCUGGAACCUUGCUGACAGCGACUUUGUUUUGGAUGGCUCGCAGCCUCUGGACCCCAGGAAAACAAUAUUCGUUGGAGGAGUGCCCAGGCCUCUCCGAGCGAUUGAGCUGGCCAUGAUCAUGGAUCGUCUGUACGGAGGGGUGUGCUACGCUGGCAUCGACACGGACCCGGAGUUGAAGUACCCCAAGGGUGCCGGCCGGGUGGCUUUCUCCAAUCAGCAAAGCUACAUCGCCGCCAUCAGCGCUCGCUUCGUGCAGCUCCAGCAUGGCGAUAUUGACAAGAGGGUUGAGGUGAAACCAUAUGUCCUCGAUGAUCAGAUGUGCGACGAGUGCCAAGGUGUUCGCUGCGGUGGCAAGUUUGCCCCUUUCUUCUGUGCCAAUGUGACCUGCCUCCAAUACUACUGCGACUUUUGUUGGGCUGCCAUACAUGCCCGCCCUGGACGGGAAUUCCACAAGCCCCUGGUCAAGGAAGGAGGGGACAGGCCCAGGUCUGUGCCGUUCCGCUGGUAAGUGACCUACCGAAGCCAGCAGGGGAGCCCAAGAAAUAGGUGGGGCGAGGCAAACAACUUUUAGUGUCAACGGUCUUGAGGUGAAACAGUUUUUUAAAAUAAAUUUGACGGUUGCAUUGGUCUUACAAAAUGUAGAAGUGGUUUUGUGUUGUAGUGGAAAUGUGUCUAAACCUGUAAUUAUUUCAAAUGAACUAUUUUUGUAAUGUCAUAUUGUAUUAGUUUGAUUUCUGGUUCAGACAACUUUCCCCUAUGUGGCACAAACUCGUAACUUUGAGAUUCAGAGCAGAGCUGUUCUCACAGCUUCUAAGGGCUGCAUUAAACAAUAAAAAGACUGUUACAGAGUAUGCAGGGCUACUGGCAUGCAGUCCUGCCUUUUCCCAUUGCUUUCAUUGGAGUUGGUGAAAUUUCAAAGUUACGUGAAGAUGCAGAACUCUGGAAAACUGUGGGCGUAGAGAAAAGAAUCAAGUUAUUCUGUUAUGUCUUCUUCUUUGAAAAAGCACGUGAUGCUCAACACAUUAGCAUUUGGUAGCAAAAUGUUCAUACAGUGUAGGUUGAGAAACUUUGAAUUGUUACUCUUGCAAUUUACCGAUUACCCAUGUCUCGGCAUGUAGUGAGGUCGCAUUCGGUUCCCAAUAGUUUAAUCUUAAAUCUGAUGCCAAAAUGAUGUGUGCUAAUACUUCAUGAAAUAUUGGAUUCGACGUAAAGCCUUGUUCCUCCAUGUAUAUUUGACACAUGCUGAUUUGAAAUAACAACCAUGAUCUAGACUUGGCCAUUGCAAAAUGUCACACCUUUUUUGACGACAAACUAAGUCAGUUUCCUUGCGGCUUAACUGAAAAUCCCAUUUCUGUCUGAGUCAACUCUAAGCCCUUUAUACCAGACUGGUUACGCUCCUUUAUUCUGAAACACUGACUCAGUAAAAAAUGAGUAGACUUAAAGAGACAAAUUGUGCCUGUUUAACGGAAGUUUCUAAUAUACAGUAGAUGAGCCACUUAACACUUUAUGUCGUUAACCUUUAUGCACGUUUUCGUACUGUGUUUUGCAAUCGUACAGUACAUAUGUAUCCAGUUGUCAUUGUGAUGCUAAACUGUCUAAAGAUAUGAAAUGUGCUGUCUAUCUCUUUUUGAGUCAGUUGUGACCAGUAUGUGGCUGUGCUCUUGCAUUUUUUCCCUUAAACCAGAUAAAACACUGUCAUGGUUUACAAAUAGACAAACUUGUAGUCACAUACAUGUAUAGGCAUGGUAGGUCAGGUCACGUUCAAUGUCCCAAAUUAAUCCACACUGCAGCAUGUAAACGUGUUACCUUGAGAUUAGAAUUACAUUUCAUUAAAAGAUCACCAAAGCAUACCUACUGUGCAAUCAAGAAUGUGACGCCCGAACUACAUGUAACAUGCAUAUAUGUUAUGCAAUCUGUGUCUAUUUAAAACAAAAAACGUGUGCUAAAUAAUAACAGCCAAAUUGUGCACAAACAGAACUGUACUAGAUUUUUACAUUUGUAGAGUUUCUAGUUUAAUCUUCCACUUUUUCAAAUUUUUAUUGUUGAAAUUACUGUGCGGUUGUUGUACAUGUACAUGUAUGAGUACUAGAACAGUUUAUAUAAGCUGACAAUAUAAAUGCUGGCGGUACAGAAGUAUCUCAAGUGCUAAUAUAAAUCAACUUGGCAUGUGUGAACUUUAUAUUACAUAUUAUUUUUUAGAUGAGCAAACGGGUCAUUCAUACACUUUUAUACGAAGCAGAUUUUCUUCUCUUUUUUUUUAAUGGGAAACAAGUCUACCGUGGACAAUCCUGUUACGGCGUGUCAAAUUACCACAUGUGCAAUGUUUUCUCAUGUUUUUUUUUAUGUGUUGCUGUGGUUCAUGGCAAUGGCCCACAGCAGUCACUGAAACAUACAUGUGUAGGUACAUGUAUAUGUGGCACUGAAAUAGCAUCCGUUUUGUUUGAAGUUGGAUCGGAAAUCUUGCGUUUAAAUUGGUUUGAGUGAACCAAAAAUCAGUUGAAGAGCCUGCAUCACAUAAUUUAUGUGUAUAACAACUGGAUCUUAUUAUUGAACAAGCAUGUCCCACUUCUGAUUCUUCCUUCUACAUGUAUGUUGUGUACAAUGUAGUAACCUUUGAUUACUAGAUAUAUACCCUCUAUACCUUGUGCAUGUGAUUUGUGUUGGUUUGGGUUUUUUUUACCAUUGCUGCAGAGGUGGAUUAUAAUAUUAUUGUAGAACCUGUAUUCUGCCUGCGGAUGUAUUCACUGGAUGUAAGUAUUGUGAACCCUGUUUGACGUGAAACACUGACAAAAAAAUGAAUUGACACCAAUAGAUUGGUUUGUAGUCAGUCAGUAAAUGGAUGUUUGCUGUUAAUUUCAAGUAACAGUUAACCAGAUAGAAAGAGGGAAAAUUUGCUGUCCAUACGACAAAGUAGAAAGAUGAUUUUGUGUGCGACUAAUAAAUUCUAAGAGGUAAAAAAGAAUUUGUUCAACUUCAAUCAAUUCACAGUACAGUAUUUGUGCAAAGUUGCCUCUGUGUGUUGAAUCGACCAAGUGUACAUUGCUCAUUUAUUGCAUAUAUAUUUCUUGUUAACUUAAAAACCAGAAUUCCUUUUAACAAGAUUUUUCCACAGUUUUAGUGAGUAGAUUUUUUCCCCUUUGUACAUGUACUGGAGUAAAAUAUUCAUGACCUGUUGUUGGAGAAUUAUAGCUUCAUUAGAUGGUGUAUUGUGAUUGUUGAAAAGCAGAGAAUUGAUGCAUUCUUGUUGUAAGUCAGUUCACAUAAUAUCCUUGUGUCUUAAAUAUUGGCUUUGAUGGGCACUUGCCUGGUAUUACUACAGUUUUUUUCAAUUUUCACAGAGCAUUGAAAUUUAGCAUUUAUCCACACAAAUGUUUCCAUUUGUAAUUUAUUUAUGACAUAAAAUUCUCAAAGGUUAAGACCUAGACAUGAGUUGAAGUGCAUGUGUGACUGUAAAAAAAUUGAUGUGGGAGACUUUUUAGAUUUUUUGCUUUUGUAUCUAUUCUUAGAAGCAUUUUUAAAAAAGAAUGAAAAAUAUGAGCUUUAUAAAAAAAUCAUAUCAAGAAGUUAAUAUUCAUUUGGCCCAUUUCAUACUCUGGGUGCAGUAUUUUUUACUGAGGAUUAUUACAAGAAAAAAAUGCCAUAGAUGCCAUUUUCACUCUAGAAUUUUUUAUAAAAAAAUAAUUUUCAUAUUUACAGGUAAUUAUUCAUUCUUUGAGAUCAUUUAUGUGCCUGUUUAAUAUUCAGGCAAAGCUGUCUGCACAGUCUUGCUAUAUUUUGUUUGUCACUGGGUUAAACAACCGAAAGGCAAGGUUUGAUUUUGUGAGUUUGUGUUACCUGAAAUUUGAUAGUUACAUGUAUGUAUUAUAAUAAUUUAUAAAUUUUUUUUUUGCAAUUGGACUAAUUCGGGAAAUAGGACAAAAAUCGUCGUAUAGUUUUUGGAAUUACUGAUAUUAAUGCUCUCACUGUGCACAUGAUGAGACUUAUCCGGAUUUUUCAUGCUUGUUGAGCAUUUUCAUUUCCUAAAUGCAAAGGGGUGGCCAGUUUUUGGAGUUAAGGCUGCUCAUUCUUGUAACAUACAGUUUUCAUCUCAUUAUGUUUUGUUUUGUUUUGGAAAGGUUUGUAAUGGAUUUGAUUGACUCUGGGAUUGUAUUCCACCUUUAUACGCUUUGUUUGCUCAGUGUGGUUUUUAUUCAGCGCCAUUUUAGAUUUUAUUUCGUCUCCAAUAUUUUAGCUACCCCCCCGGAAUGUUGUAGAGGGAUGUUGUACUUGUCUCUUUAGUCAAGUCUUGGUAGAUACUGUCAGGUUAAUGGUGCUACAUUGUUUAUUAUCAAAACAGAGGAUGUACUUUGUGUGGAUAAACUAGACGAUUAUAAGUUAAUUAAGGACUCAGAAGUCUUUGGUAUGUGGAUGGAGUCCUGAACAGGGCUUGAAAAAAAUCAUUUUUUUCCCAGUGCAAUAUUUAAUUGAUUUUUUUUAGGAGUGUAAUCUGUAUUCAAUGCAUGAUGGCUUGAUAGACAGAUUGGUUGAAGCUUGACCAUCUGACUUUAUUUUUUUAAUUUUUCGUAUGAAUGUUUUGAACCGGUAGAUUCUUAGAAAAUUGGUUGAUUCUUUUUGGUGGUUUUUUUGGUUAGCUGUAAUAAAAAUACCUCAGCUCAUGUGUUUGCAGUUUGAACCAACGACCCAUAGUGUACGGUUUGGAGACACACAAAAAAGUUUAUUUUUCUGUUCAAUUUCUAACUUAAUUUAUUACACCUGUACAAUCCUAUUUACAUGUAAGUGAAACAGAAGUCUCUCUUUCACAGAGUGCCAGGCACGAUUUGAUUUGUAUUUAUUGUUUUUUUUAUUCUUUAGAUCCUCUGUAUCAGUAAGACAUUUAUGAUUGGGCCUCCAUAGAAGAGUCAAUGCCAUGCUUCAGUUAGGUGUAGUUUCAGAGGGACAAUAAAAUAAUAAUUCUCAAUAUUACAAUAGAAAAAUGGUUAAUCACCGAUCUUUGCUCACACUGUAAUACUGAGUGCUCUAUUUAUGUAGAAAACAUACCCUCAAUAUUAACUGCAGUCAUUUGUUUGAGUGUGUAACAUCUUAGAAAAAUCUUGAGUAAAGAAAGAAAAUCGUUGUCACUUUGAGGAAUCUCCUCCCAGUUUUUUGCAUUGUAUUUAAAGAAUGCCACAACUCGUGUUGUUACAUAUUGCCUGCAUUUGAAAAGUUUGAUUGCCAAAAGAUAUGUAGCCUGUUCGUAUUUCCAACUUUGAAAGGAUAGUUGUUAUGUGCACCAUAAGCCCUGAUUCACAAAUUGCUGUUUAAAAGAUGUAGCAAUCAGACCUGCUUUUGAUUGAAUGGGGAAAAUGGAUGAUAAUGCAGUGUGGUGCAUUCAGAAUCUUAAAAUAGAACCCUCUGUUUCUCAUUGUCAGAAUUCGACAUUUGCAGUGCUGACAUAUAUCUGACACAGAAACAUGUAAAUUGUGUCAGAGAAGAGAUUGAGUGCAUUUAUGCAGAUUCUUUUACCAAAACCUAAACACUUCAGUGUGGUCAGUCUGUAGAGAAGAUGUAACCAAUUUGUCAGGUUUUGAAACUCCACAAAAGUCAGUGAUUGCACUGCUUUCUACACUUGCAAAAGUCACCGAUCCACAAAACGUGACCAAAGUCAAGCUUUGCAUCCUAAGAGCAAGAGACUGCAGUGGUCAGAAAAUGUCCAAAGCAGUGUCAAAAAUUAUAGUUAUCUAGUCUCUAGAAAGUCUCUAUCUUAACGGUCUUGUGGACACAUCUUGACACUCACGUGUAUUCCUGUGGACCAAGUGAAAAUUUGAUGGAUCCCAACAUUACUGUCAACUCCAGUUGGAAUUAAUAGUGAUUGUUCAUAAUUCCUGAUGCAAUGCAAUCUCGCUUGGCCUUUGUGAUAUGUAUAAACCCAGUUCUUCUCCUUUCCUUUAUACUGUUUUGCUUUGGCUUUUUUGUAAGUCUCUUUUUUUUUCUUGACUUGAAACGAGAUGUCGUUUAAUCAAAUUGAUUAUAUUUUGAAGUGUUGUUUUCUAAUGGAUCAUUGUUAUAUGAAAUAGAAAUAAGCAAUUGAAUGUGUUUGAUGACCAUAGCUUGCCGCAUCAGAGAUGUAGCACAUGUGUUCGAUUUGUUUUGCUAUUUAAAUUUUGUAGUAGUAAAAAAAAAAAAAAAUCCCAGAUUUUCCUCCAGCAUAUUCAAAUUCAGUUUUGUAAAAUUAAAGCGUGUAUUUAUAGUAAUUUGUAAUCUAAAUUUCAAGGGUGACAACUGAAAUUGUGAUUAUAGUAGGUGAAAUGUAAUAUCUGUUUGUAGUGGAGGGCAAAAUUGUUGGCUUGGAAAACUUUCUGCACCAUUGAACACAAACACAAUUUGUACUUUUCCUUUUUUUUGAAAAACAAAAACCUGUUAACCACCAUUUUUGUGACUUGAAUUAAACAAGACUUGUCAAGCCACUUUUGAAAAGCUGAGGCAUUAUUUGUAACUUUGUAAAAGUCCUUUUCGAUCAUUGCUGUUUUCUUUUAAAAGAAUUUUUGCCACUGCAUGCAUUUUUUCUAGCUUCGUUUUGGAAAGUAGUUUUUAUAGGACACUGUAUUGCGUUUAUCAAUGCGACAUUCGUAUGGCCAGCUGUAACCCAAUUUUCUUCUAAAUAAGGGUUUUUUGAAAAUCAGUUGUUCAGUAAAAGAAAAUCAUACCAAAGUUUCUAUUGUUUUGAGGCAUGUAAGGACAAACACCAUGUUUACUUUUUGGGAAAAAAUGAUGACUUUGAGUUUUGGGUGGGACUUGUUUAUAUAAUGCAUUCCAUAUUUUUGUUUGGAUGUUAUUUUUCCUUUUUUGUCUAUAUAAAUUAAUAGUUCAAACAAAAUUGUAAGAAAGAUUUACAUCAGAGUAUAGUUUUCAUUGAUAAUCUUUUUAAACAUUUUUCUCAGCAUUUUCUAUGAAACAUCUUAAGAAAAAAUUGUCAUAUUUUGUGUGCUUAUAAGAAUUCGUAAUAGAUCUUAAACGCAUGUAUAUCUUUUCUGUUACAGUGUACAGUUAUUUUUGUCUAUAUAUUUUAUUGUUUCAGGAGUUCAUAAUUUUGACAAGGAAAAGUGAAGCCAUUUUCGUAUGGUAUUUUUAGGUAUUUCGUUUUGGUUAAUCUUCAGAACCCUUUCACAUUUUGAGCUCUUUGUGCGAACCUUAAUAAAAAUUGGUGAACAAA